UCCUGGUUGCAACAAAAAGAAAUCAAGGAGGUGAAAGUAACUUCAGCUUAUUCAGCAUUUAUUCCUAUCAUUGAAUUUUGCAAGUAUUUAUGGACUUUAAGCGCAUUGUAGAAGAAAAGUUAGAGCUGAACAUUUUGAGAUUGGAAGAAGCGAUGCAUUAUUUAAAUCCAGCUGCUGAACUUGUAGCCAGACAGAGGAGGAAAGAAUGGCUGUAUAAAAUGGCUUUUAUCAGACGAUGUGAAAAUCUCAGAAAGGCCGAAACUGAGGUAUUGGACAUUUUGAAAGUGGUCAGGAAAGAAUUAAUUGGUGAAGUUCUUGCCUCCAAUGACUAAUACAGAGAGGAACUAUCAACUGCAUGGGAAGCCUUGUUAACCAAAACUACUUGCAAAAUCAUAACUUGUAUUUAGUGAUGAAUCUGAAGCUGCUGAAAAUGAUUUCUCAUGAAGUUCUGUUUCAUGGAAGAUGUUAUUGCUUAUGCAAAAUUCUGUCUUGCCAGUGUGGGAUUCAAAGUUUCCCCUUGUCAGAUAGGUGUUUGAUGUAAGCAGAACUGAUUGGCUAUUAAUAAACAAGAACCAAAAGCAAAGUGGCAAAUGGGAAUUUUAUUCUUGAGCUUUAAGUAGGAUCUAGCUUGACUUUAUCUAUCUUUUUACGUUAUUGAUUGAUUUCAGUGUUCAAUUUCUAUGCAUAUUGUAAGAAGAUCGCGAAGAAUAGUAUUCUGAUCAUUACAUCUACAUCGCAAGAGUUAAAGAUUUGAUGAAA